CCCUUUAAAUGUCACACUGGGCAUGCGCGUGCGUGUGUAAACAGGAAGUCAAUUGUCUGUAGCUGGUUGCAGAAUAAAAACGAGCGACAGGUGAAAAGCAAACAGCGAGGAUUUAUUUGCUUGGACUGACGACGAGGUGGAACUAUUGCUAUCGACACCUGCUGACCUGAGAGGCCAGCGCUGGGAGUUGUGGGAAGUGAAGUCUUGUCUCACUAUGUUGUCUUCCUUCCAAGGGAAGCUUGCGCGGAACGGAGAAGAGAAGAAACCAGUGAUCUGUGUUGAGGGGAACAUUGCCAGCGGGAAGACAACGUGUUUGGAGUAUUUCAGCAAAACUAGCAACAUAGAGAUCCUCACAGAGCCAAUCUCAAAAUGGAGGAACGUCCGUGGACACAACCCUCUGGCUCUGAUGUACCAGGACCCUGAGCGCUGGGGGAUCACACUGCAGACCUACAUUCAACUCACCAUGUUGGAUCGUCACUUGUCGCCCGUAACCAGCCAUCCUGUCAAGAUGAUGGAGCGGUCCAUCUUCAGUGCCAAGUACAUCUUUGUGGAGAAUCUCUUCAGAAGUGGGAAAAUGCCAGAGGUGGACCAUGCUGUUCUCAGCGAGUGGUUUGAUUGGAUCACAACCAACAUUUCCAUUCCCGUCGAUCUGAUUGUCUACCUGCAGACAUCUCCUCAGACCUGCCACGAGAGGUUGAAGCAGAGGUGCAGAGAGGAGGAAAAAGUCAUUCCACUGGAGUAUCUGGAGUCUAUCCACCAGCUGCAUGAGGACUGGCUCAUCAAGGGGACCUCCUCCCCUCUUCCCGCUCCAGUUCUGGUGAUCCCAGCUGACCACGACCUCCAGAAGAUGCUGCAACAGUAUGAAGAAAACCGGGACAAGAUCCUCGCAGCUGGCUGCCUCUGAUACUCAAACAUACAGUCGUACAGACAAAACCAUAGUUACAGCACUGACCUGUUACAUUUACUUAAGCUUUUCAUGACUAUAGCUUCUUAUUUAAGAAUCAGAUUCUUUUUGUACCCAAGUACGUGCUCAUAUUCAUUAGCUUUUAAUUAUGUUAAAAAGUGUUCUCACCUUCAGUGUGGAGACGCCUCAGAAACAGAACGAACUUCAGUACAAGUGAAACAUUCCACUUAUACUCACUUUGUAAUUAAAACGCAAAGUGAGUCUUUACGUUUUAAUUACAACGCAAAAAAGAUCUUCUGUUUGUCUAUAGAUCUUUUUUUUAAUGAAGGCUUUGCUAUACAUGUUUUGUCAAGUCAGUAAAACUGUAGUAAAAACAUAAAUCAUGCAUCCCAAAGUUUGAUUUUAAACAUUCCUGCUCUUUCAUGUUAUCGAGGAAGAAAAUGUCAGCAAUCAUGAAUCCUGUUUUUUGUCCAAUGCAGCCUGACAUAUACUCUAAAUUAAUAAACUGGCCAACAUUGUUUGAAUAUA